AUGGCGGUGCUAGCCAACGGUGAGGAUAACGGUGCGAUGGAUUCGACGGUGGCAUUCAACGGCUUUCACCAUGGCCGCAACUCCGGGUCGGAGGCGGCUCGGCCGGGGAUAUCGUCGAUUGAGAGCUCGACUACUACAAGUGAGGAGGAGUCUGGGGCGGAUUUAUCGCUUUCUAGGCAGAAGACGGUUGCUGCGCAGUCUUGUCGCGAUGACUACCAGCCGUCGACACCACCAUCGUCGUUUUCUCAACCAACACCAUCGACGCCACCCCUCACACCUAAGUCUACUACCCCUGUUGUCAAAUCAGAGCAAAAUGAGAGGAAACACCAUCACCUUCACCACCACAAACAAUUCACCACCCCGAUCUUCACCCCCUCGUUGACAACAUUUGACCGGCACAAUCCCCUCGCCAACUCGUCCCCGUUCUUCGGAUUUUACACCCUGUUUUGGAUGUCUGUUUUUUUGUUCGUGGUCAAGAUUGGGGCGGAUAACUGGAGGGAAUAUGGCAAUGUGCUUGGGACGCAUGAGAUCCUGUCGACGAUGUUUGCUCCUGGGAAGGAGGUGGUGGUGUUGGGUCUGGCGGACGGGGUGAUGUGUGGGUUGACUGGGGUUGGGUUGGUUAUACAACGGGGGGUGGUGUUGAGGAGGGGGGUGAAUUGGGAUGGGUCCGGGUGGGUGGUUCAGCAUGUUUGGCAGACGGGGUUUAUGGCUGGGGUGGUGGGUUUUACUCUUUGGAGGGGGUGGCCGUGGACGCAUACGGUUUUUUUUGUUAUGCAUGGGGUUGUGAUGGUGAUGAAGAUGCAUAGUUUUGGGUUUUAUAAUGGGUAUUUGUCUGGGUUGUGGAAGAGGAGGGAGGGGUUGAAGGGGAGGGUGGAGAGGUUGGAAAAGGGGGUGAUAACUGAGGGAGUUGCCAGCUCUGUUGAGAAGGCGGAUAACACCGCAACAACAACAACUCGAAGACGGCAUGGGGAAGGGGAAGAAACUGAUACGCUCAAGGAAGUCAACAUGCUCAAAAGUGAAAUCGAGGCUCUUACUGAGGAGCUCAAGGGCAAGGCAACAGAUCCGUCGAGGGCAUACCCGAAUAACCUCACCGUUUGGAACCACUACGAGUACAUUGUCUUCCCGACGGUGGUCUACGAACUCGAAUACCCCCGCUCCAACAAAAUCAACGUCUACUACGCCCUCGAGAAACUGGUCGCCUGCUUCGGCAUCAUCUUUGUCAUGAUCAUGAUCUCCCAGGCCUUUAUCUACCCGGUCGUGAUGCAGACUGUGGAGAUGAAGGCACAGAACAUGCCCUUGGCCGAACGGUUCAAGCAGUUUCCCUGGAUGCUGCUGGACCUGAUCUUCCCGUUCAUGAUGGAGUACCUGCUGGUGUGGUAUCUGAUCUGGGAGACCAUCUUGAACCUUUUGGCCGAGAUCACGUACUUUGCCGACAGGAGCUUCUAUGAUGCGUGGUGGAACUGUGUGAGCUGGGAUCAGUUUGCGAGGGACUGGAACAGGCCGGUGCAUAAUUUCUUGCUGAGGCAUGUUUAUCAUAGCUCCAUCUCGGCGUUCAAGGUCAACAGGCAUACGGCGACGCUGAUUACGUUUGGGCUGUCGGCUUGUGUGCAUGAGCUGGUGAUGUGGUGUAUUUUUAAGAAGUUGAGGGGGUACUUGUUGGUGUUGCAGAUGUGCCAGUUGCCGUUGGUGAGGUUGAGUAGGACCAGAUGGCUCAAGAAUAGAGCAACGCUUGGGAAUAUGAUCUUCUGGCUGGGGAUAUUCACUGGGCCGAGUGUGCUGUGUAGUCUGUAUCUAAUUCUGUAA